GGCGGAUGGAGUAUUUUUCAUUUCCGACAACGUAUUAUCCAAACAACUUUUGCACCUAUAAUUGAAGACACUCCAUUCCUACGUACCCAACUUUUUCUUUUUAACUUCAUAUAUUUGGAUUAAAAAAAAAGUCAUCUUUACAACCACUCCUAGACGUAACUGGUCUAGGAUAAUUUAAUUUAUACCAAUCUGCUAUAUAUAACCUAACCACGUAUGCUCAUCUUCAAUUCUGCCAUAUAUACCUUAAAAUCAUCUUCAAUUCUCCUACGUUAAUUGCAUUAAUAUCCUAAACCAAAACAAAUUAAAGAAAUGGAGAAAACAGCACACUGUGUAAUCCUGCCAUAUCCCAUCCAAGGCCACAUAAACCCCAUGAUCCAAUUCUCGAAACGCUUAGCCCACAAGGGCAUCGCAGUCACCUUCGCCGUCACAGAAGACGUCCCCGUCAACGAAUUCUCCGCCGACAUCUCCGUCGAGACCAUCUCCGACGGCUACCAUGGCAAAAGAGCCGACGCCGCGCUGCCGGAGUAUCUGCUCAUCUUCCGAAAGGCCGGGACGGAGUCGCUGUCCAAACUCAUCCAGAAGCUUCGAGAAGACGGCCGCCCCGUCGACUGCGUCGUCUACGACGCGUUCCUGCCGUGGGGGCUCUCCGUCGCGAAGGAUUUGGGGCUGUUUGGGGCUGUGUUUUUCACGCAGUCGUGCUGCGUCAAUAUCAUCUACUACAAUAUAUUCAAAGGGUUGCUGAAAGUUCCGGUUUUGGAGAAGGAGAUCUCGGUUGCUGGGCUGCCGGCGCUGGAGGUUUCCGAUCUGCCAUCGUUUGUUCUUGAUCAGGAGGCGCAUCCCGGCUCGCUCAAGCUGCUUCUGAGCCAGUUUGAAGGCGUGGAGGAUUGUGAGUUCGUGUUCGUUAACUCGGUUUAUGAGCUCGAGGAAGAGGCAACUGAUUGGCUAAGAAAAUUUAUGUUCGUGAAAACAAUCGGACCAACCAUACCGUCAAUGUACGUAGACAAAAGAUUGGCACACGAUACAAAUUAUGGUCUUAGUUUGUUCAAGCCAAUAGACACUUGCAUGGAAUGGCUACAACAACAAUCUCCUAAAUCAGUCAUAUAUAUCUCAUUUGGUAGUAUGGCCAAAUUGAAAAAGCAACAAAUGGAGGAAUUGGCAACAACCCUAAAGCUAACCGGCAAACCCUUCCUAUGGGUGGUCCGAUCGUCGGAGGAAUCGAAGCUACCAGAGAAUUUCAUAGAAGAGGCCUCGGGGAAGGGGCUAAUUGUGUCGUGGUGCCCGCAGUUGGAGGUUCUGGCCCACGAUGCCAUUGGUUGCUUUGUCACGCACUGUGGAUGGAACUCGACUCUAGAGGCCUUGAGUCUGGGGGUUCCAAUGGUGGGGGUGCCGUGGUGGAGUGAUCAGGCUACCAAUGCUAAGUUUGUGAUGGAUGUUUGGAAAAUUGGAGUGAGGGCUUUCCCCAAUAAGGAAGGUAUUGUUGGGCAUGAGGAGUUGUCUCGUUGUGUGAAUUAUGUGAUGGAGGGAGAGAGAGCGGAAGAGAUGAGAGAGAAUGCAUUGAAAUGGAAGGAAUUGACAAAGGGAGCUGUUGAUGAGGGAGGAAGUUCGGAUAGAAAUAUUCAAGAAUUUGUUUCUACUAUGAUGGGAGGAGACCGGCCACAAAAGUAAUUAGGUUCUUGAUUAUUGAAAUAUCUUAAAAUAAUUGGAAAGUUCAUGUAUAUUAACCAUGAAUUUUGAUAUGAUGUAACACAACUUAAUUUGUAAGAUGUUAUUUUUGUAACUAAUGAAUUGAUGGUUCGACUCAUCUAAAUAAAACUUGAAAAAAAAUGAUAGGGCAUUGGAGA